AUGUGUGUGAGAAGGCUCAGCUUGUCAGUCAGACUUUGAACGGUGCACUGGCGCUCAUCACUGAUAAUCUCUGGCGGCUGCCUGACAUCAACUGUGCUGCUACUGAUCUGUAUCACUGACCAGCUCAGAUAUACACAUUUGGAUGAAGCGUUAAGAGAGAGGAAACCCAAGGACAAUACUGUAGGGACCGAGCUAAGAUUAGACAAUAGCUACGCAGUUUAACGUUCAUGUUACUCGGGAGUUGCGAUGGUCCAGUCAAGGGAUAUUUUUUUAGCCUUGCUUUUUGUGGGCUGUACAGUUUCACUGGAAGUGCAGAUCACACCAAGUCAUGGUGAAAUUAGUCUUGGAGAGUCCAAGUUCUUCGUGUGUGAUGUUGUAGGCGUUGCCAAGCACAUAGACUGGUUUGGACCAAAUGGGGACCGGAUAGAACCAAACAGACCAGACAUAACAGUAACCCGUAAUGAUGAGUCAUCGUCCACCCUCACACUAUAUAAAGCUGGAACUGAAAAUGCAGGGACUUACAAGUGUGUCGCUACCAGUGGAGACCAGCAAGAAGAGUCAACCGUCAAAGUUAAAAUCUUUCAAAAAAUCACCUUCACAAAUGCACCCUCACCCCAAGAGUUCACCGAAGGGGACAAUGCCAACAUAGUUUGUGACGUCGUCAGUUCACCUCCUCCCACUGUCCUCUGGAAAUAUAAAGGAGCAAAAAUACAGAUGGAAAAAGAUGUACGGUUUAAGGUGUUGAGCAACAGUCACCUUCAAAUCCGAGGCAUAAAGAAAACAGACGAAGGCGCAUAUACUUGUGAGGGUCGCCUUAUGGCUCGCGGCGAGAUUGAUUUGCGGGUCAUCAAGGUCGUUGUAAACGUGCUUCCGACCAUCAGGGUAUGGAAAUCAGAGGUGAAUGCCACAGCAGAUGUCGGGCAGCCUGCAUUGUUAACUUGUGCUGUUGAUGGCUAUCCUGAACCCAUGGUGACCUGGACAAGGAACGAAGUGGUUCUCGAGGCAGGACAGAAGUACAGCUUUAAUGAAGAUGGCUCAGAAAUGACAAUAAUGGAUGUGACCAAGCUGGAUGAAGGAGAGUACACCUGCAUUGCCAAGAAUAAGGCUGGGGAAAGUGAGCAGGAGCUCAGUCUACGAGUGUUUGUCAAACCUAAGAUCACAUACAUUGUAAACCAGACCACAUCAGAGAUGGAUGAGCAGGUAACUCUGACUUGUGAGGCUUCAGGAGAUCCAACUCCCACCAUCAGCUGGAGCUAUGGUGAGCGUGUCUUCACUGAAGGAGAACAGGCACAUCUAAACAGGAUCUAUCAGGCAUCAUGGACUCGGCCCGAGCAGCAUAAGAGUCUGGAUGGAAAUGUGGUGGUGAGGAGUGACGCUCGUGUGUCCUCCCUCACUCUGAAGUAUGUCAAGUAUACAGACGCUGGUCAGUAUCUCUGCACAGCGCGCAGUGCCAUCGGAGAUGAUGAUCAUCCAGUGUAUCUGGAGGUCCAGUAUGCCCCUAAGAUACAAGGUGAAGUGGUAGUGUACACCUGGGAGGGGAAUACAGCCAAUAUCAGCUGUGAGGUUAAGGCUAAUCCCAGUGAUGUGUCUAUUGUUUGGCUGCGAGAUGAACUGCAGCUCCCCAACUCCAACACUACCAACAUUAAGAUCUUCAGAACUCCCUUGAUCAGCUACCUACAGAUAACCCCUGAGUCUGAAAAUGACUUUGGGAGCUAUAACUGCACUGCUUCAAAUGAGAUGGGUACCGAGUCAAAGGAGUUCCUCCUCAUUCAGGCUGUGGUGCCAUCAGCUCCAUCCAUCAUCGAGGUGAGUCCCUUCUCCACCACAGCACAGAUCCAGUUUGAGGAGCCUGAAUCCACAGGAGGCGUCCCUGUGCUAAAAUACAGAGCGCAGUGGAAGGUGCAGGGCAGGGGCAGCUGGGCGCAGAAGGUCUAUGAGGCUCAAGAUGGCUCCAUCGGUGAGGUGACCAUCAAAGGCCUGAAGCCAGAGACCAGAUACGAAGUGAAGUUGUCAGCCAUCAAUGGCAAGGGUGAAGGUGAAAGCAGCCCCGCUGAGUUCUUCAAGACAGAGCCUGUCCGGAAUCCCAAUCCUCCUAAACUUGAAGGAGCACUUCAGCCUAAAGGCGACUCGGUCAAAAUCAGCUGGAUCAAGCAGGACGACGGCGGCUCGCCCAUCUUACAUUAUCUUGUCCGCUAUAAACCAAUACAAGCGUCAGAGUGGAAGCCUGAAAUCCGACUGCCCAGCGGCAGCGAGCACGUGGUUCUCAGCAGGUUGGAGUGGGACACAGAGUACAAUGUCCAUGUAGUGGCGGAGAAUCAAAAGGGCAAGUCCCAGCCGGCGACCAUAUCCUUCAGGACGUCCACAGAGCCAGAAGCCAUCCCAGGUUUGGAUGAGGAGGCAGCGCUCUCCAUGGGCAUCAUGCUCUGGGCAGGAAUCCUUGUUGUAGUAUUUGUACUGCUGCUGCUGGCUGUGGAUGUCACCUGUUACUUUGUCAACAAAUGUGGCCUCAUCAUGUGCCUCUGUGGCAAAACGGGCACAGGGACCAAAGGACACAACUUGGAAGAAGGCAAAGCAGCGUUCAUAAAAGAUGAGUCCAAGGAGCCAAUAGUGGAAGUGAGAACAGAGGACGAAUGCACAGCCAAUCAUAAUGCGGCAGGACCGACAGAACCCAAUGAAACGACACCUCUCACAGAGCCAGAGCUGGCGGCUAACACUGCUGCUCUGGCACUGGACACCCUCUCCUCCGUAGCUACCAACUCUGACACAGCCACUGCAACACUUGACCCCGCGCAGGACAGCCCCUCUAGCGAGACCACUACCCUCACUUGUAGCCUGUCUACUCCGGCCAACGACCCCUCACCCACCCCUGUCCUGGCCCCGGCCCCUACUCCAGAGUCGAACACAGCCCCACCAACUCCUCUCCUCUCAACAGCUGCCGUUGAAGCUAAAAUGGCCCCAUUAGUAGAACAAAGUGGAAGUAACACCUCAGAAGAACAGGAGAAAAAUUCCCCUUGUACCCCCGAACGAACUGAAGCUCAAAAAUCUGGCAAACCAAUACCACCGAUACGUAGACACUCUCCUAAGCUUGCCGCUCUGCAUGCUAAAGGUAGCCCCCCUCGAUCUCCACUGGCUGUGUCUUCCUCUUCGUCCCCUUCCACCGUAGACACCAAGAAACCUGUUCCAAGCCCGCCGGUCACCAAGGCUCCCACACAGACAGACACUGUAGCCUUAGAUACUGAGACACCAGCACAAACUGCCUCUACGCUGACAACCACUGCCGCUCCAAACCCAGACUCAGAUCCAGAAACACAUUCCCCAGAUGCCAGCAGGUGUAGCCUCAUGGCCUCUGACACCAACAGCCCUGCUCUUCAAACUGCUGAUAACACAUCUACUGCCAAUGAUGCUGCAGCUGGCUCUCCUUCAGCAAUCCACAGUGCUCUUAAAGUCCUGGAUGCUGAAGAAUCUGCUCCUCUAGUUGCAGAUGUCCCCUCUCCUCUGCCUGUUUCUCCUGUCUUUACUACUCCUGCCCCCCCAAGUCUUGAAGUGCCGGUCUCGAAUGAUCUCCUCUCUCUAUCAGAUGUGUAUGACUUAGUAACCCCUGACAUGGGCCCCAGAAAUGAAGACUUAGAUUUAGAGCUGACAAAUGGGACAGAGAGACCUUCCCAGCCCCCUGCAGACCUCAUUAGCUUAGACAGCCCGUCCUCUGCCCCCUCUCUGGCCAAUGGAAAUGGAGCAGACCUCCCCCCCUCAGGCCCAGUUCUGGAGGCAUCUGAGACUCUGGCCAAGACUGCUCCUCCUGUCAACGAUGAGAACAUUUUUUCUGAUGAGAAGGUCAAACUAGAGGAAGCAGAGUUAUCAGACGCCCUGUUGGAGAUGGCUGCAGACCACAACAGUGUCAUACAGACAAAAAUCACAGAGAGCAAAGCAUGAUGGGCUAUGGCGAAGCCUCAGCCCAAUCCAAAACAUUUUGCAGCAGCAGUGAGUGAGAAACACUGCGGGAGUUUUGAUUUCCAGUGCCCUUAACUCCUUAACUACAUGUUCAAAACACCACACGGGUGUCGAUUGGUUCGAGCGCACUUUGACUGUGCUUUCAUUCAUAAUGUUCACUGCACCCAAGGAGUUUAUCAAGAAGUUUAUUUAGGUCAUAAGAGAUUAAUUUUAUUUUUUUAUUCUUACUUUGUUCUUAAUUAACUGGUUAAAUAAUCUUAUUAUAGUAGUUGCUUGGUACAUAUGAAAUUUGACUCUGUUGUUAUCGUUUGAAUUGCAGUUGCACGCAAGUAUUGGAUCAUUGAGAAAUGUUUAAAAAAAAUCUAAAUAUACAUAUAGAAAUUAUUUUUCAUAUUUUCAUGUUCUGCUG